AGAAGCAAGACCAGAAGAGGGCCUCGACGGAAGGGCGCCCGAUGACGUCGUCGGCGGCAGUUCCUCCCUGCUCGAAGAGCGAUCAACAUGGCUUCCCGCCCACAAAUCACCAGACGGUGGAGGCAGCGGUGGCGGCCGAAGCCGGAACAGCUUGCCCGUGGCCCAGCCGCCGGUGUCCCACGGUGCUCGGGGUCCUGGUCGGCUCUUGCUCCUUCCAGGAGGCAGCAUGGCCCGCGGCCUGAGCCCCGACGAGUACGAUCAUCUGCUGCGGAGUCCUAACGUCCGAAACGUCACUACGCAGCUCGGUCAGACCAUGUACCUGCACUGCGUCGUGGACUCGGCUUCGGACCGAAUGAAGGCGCACCGACAAAUAGUGUCGUGGAUCCGACUGCGUGACUUUCACCUGCUGACCGUGGGCCUGACGCGUUACACGUCGGACGAGCGGUUCCAGACGGUGCACAUGCAGUUCUCCAACAACUGGGCGCUGCAAAUACGCGACGCGCAGCUCAGGGACGCCGGCCUUUACGAGUGCUUGGUCAACUCGGACCCGCCCCUUCGGCAGGUCGUCUCGCUGCGCGUCGUCGUGCCCAAGGCCCACAUCCUUGGCGGACCGGACUUGCACGUCGAGGCCGGCUCGGCGCUGAACCUGACGUGCAGCAUCAGCGAGAGCCCCGAAGCCCCGGCGUUCGUCUUCUGGUACCACCAGUCGCGCCUGAUCAACUUCGAGCGCGGCGGCCGCGUGAGCGUGGCCAAGGGCCCCAACGGCACGGCCGUGUCGCGCCUCCUGCUGCCAGCCGUGGACGCCGCGGACUCGGGCAACUACACCUGCAAGCCGGCCAACGCCAACGCCACCUGGGUGCUCGUGCACGUGCUCGAGAGCCACCGGCGGCUGGCCGCCGUGCAGAAUGACGCCGGCGGCAUGGCGCUCACGGCGGCCGCGACGCCCCACUGCGCGGCGGCCUGCUCCCUGCUGCCGCUGCUCGUGUCACUGCUGGUGCAGUGGCUGCUGGCCUGCGCCCACCACUGCGGUUCCAGGUGACCAGCCGCUGGGGACACGCGCAGUCUGUAAAUAACGUGGGUCGCGGCAAAUCAUGUCCGGUUCCCGGUCAUCAACAGAUUACAGUCCUUCUAGGAGACUGGAACCAAGGAUGAUUCUUCCCAGUCGAACCUGAAGCCAGGCGAGGAGGAUGAGUACCAAGAACAGUCACUGAACGGGUGAAAACCACUUGUGCGGACCAUGCAACGGUCAGCACCAAGCGCUUUUUGUGUUGCCCGCGUCACUGGAUACAGACAUUGCGGUCACCAAGGCCGGCACCAUUGCAGCGGCGGCAGCAGUGCUCGAUACCGAUGAAACCAUCGAUGAACGCUCUACAGAUGCUGCCAUUGUUAGCCGUCUCCCGCCCCCGCCGGUGCGAUCUACCGACAAGCAUGUCCGCACUCUUCUCGUCAACCCCCUCGUGUGUGUGCGUGUGUGCGUGCGCGUGCGUUGUUUUACUUCGUUUCACGUUGUUCUCAUUUCGUUCGUAAGUAAGUGCGUACGCUUGUGUCCACGGGUGUUGUGAACGCGCACAAUCGUUCAGACGCCAGCGCUUUUGCGUCCCAGUGACUCGGCCAGCAUCGACCAUGUGGAACAGACGCCGGAACACCGGUAGAACUGCCGCUGGCUUCGAUCGUCGCGAGUUCGCCGGGGAGACGCAAGACGGACGUCGAACACGGAUAGACUCCGUUGAACGUCCUCGCAUUGUACAUAUGUAGAGAUGACGACAAAUGUUUCUUGUUGCUAUCGCUCUUGUUCGCUCUGUUCUCGUGCGCUUAUUAUGCGUUUUGUUGACAGCUGCAGGUAAGAGCUGAUGUCCGCAGGAAGUAAUAGAGCGUACGUUGUGAAGUCUAAUGUUGUCCAGCGUGUAUUUGUGCCCGGCCGCGGUAUCCUCUGGCGUGUGUGUUGGUGCGCAUCAUUCCGUACCGUUCCGAAGGCGCCCGCGAUGUUUCCAUUGUUCGACAGUGCUUGCGUCAUAUUGCUUGGAGAUUUUCUUCGUCGGCAACAGAUGGUUGAGUCUGCACCCGGAGCUGAAGUGCGGUGCUACGUGUACUAUAACGUUGGGUGUCAUUGCCACCAUCGUUUGAAAUUCUAGUGCUCUCUUUCUUUUUGCGUGCGCUGUCGUUGGAGGAAAGACUCACCCUGCCGUUUCGGCGAGACACAUGUGAUACGGGAGAUGGCGUAAAGUUUAAUUCAAAUUCUGAUAAAGGGUGCGCUAAGUUUCUUUUAGUACGGAACGGCUAGAGUUUCGUUGUUCAGCGACGCGUUGCAGGUAAGCGUAAUAGCGAAAAGUCGUCGGCACUGAUGGCAGUUACUAUGCGAUACAUGUCUCGCGCUAUGAUUAUUUUUGUUAACGAUAUAUUACUUGGCUAGAGACAUGAUCAAAGCUGCGUCACUGCUUUCUGCAAGUAUGCCGGAGGAGUGUAAGCUUCGCAGGACGCAGUAUUGUCAGAGUAUGCUGGAGCGGUAUUUUGAUAUUAUUACUACCUCGUUAUCUCGGAUCUGAGUUGAAGUGCAGCUGGUAAGGUAUCGGCCAGAAAAUGGUCGUAUUUGGCUGCCAAGCAUCGUUUCCGUGCUAACACACUUAUGCCUAAUAUUGCAGUCCCCGUGGCGACUUAUAGGUAAAAACAAGAAUAAAUAAAAAAGAAUACGAGCAGUUUGUUUCAGGGGACAGUACGGAUGAAUUCUGAUUGGAUGGUACCGACUUCAUUUUUAACACACUAAGAGUCCUUUUCCUGACACGCUACACAAUUUGACCCGAAUGUGCAGCGAACGAAUCCUUACUAGUUUAGUCAUUGAAAGGGACUCUGACGUGAUCCCCUACAAAAGAGAAACGUCUUGUGCGAAAAAAUAUUGCAGCAGGGUAAGCGAUGAUUGGUACCAAUAGGUAUUUGGUAUUAUUGAAGAUGUGCUGCUUCACACUUGCGCAGUAGAUUUUGUCGUGGUCGGAGUUGUGCUACGAUGUUAAAUGAACUUUAUCGAUUUUAGUUCUGGCUCUCAGUUAGAGCACCUUCGCACGUAACGUUGUCCAAGCCGCCGAAAGAACACUGUUUUUUUUUUUUGAUGAAAUGAACGUGAAGUGCAGUCAUGGGUCGCUGAUUAGUUGUAUUUCGCGUUAUUUGCGGAGCACGUUAUACGGCUCCGAAGUGUGCACGAAGCCAAGCAUAUUGAUUUUAUUUUGACACUGGAUGAAUUUUACUUGGUGCGUGUCUGUGGUUCCAUUAUUUUAUGUUGUGCGCCUGUCAGCAAGGCAAUACUUGUUUUCAGGCUUUUCAUGCAAGUGCCAGAACGGUAAUGUGUGUAUGUUUUUUUUGUUUCCAGGAGCAUUACUUCAGUCGCGUAUUUCGUAAAGGUUGUGCGUUGUGGCCGCUACACUUUCAGUGCACAAGGUUUGCCGUGAAGGCUACGUGUAAGCGAAAGGAAGGGGCGGUGUUAUUAAGUCAGGAUGCGCCAGGGGAGCUUUCGAAAUGCAGCGUUAUAAACGAAAUAACUGAACGUUUGUUCAAAUGGUUUCCCUGCUUGUAUCACGCCUAACGGAAGCCUUAUGGAGAAAAACAGUUCAAAUUGGCUUGCUGUCUCUUUAUUGGCCCACUUAUAAAGCAUUUUGACGGAGUUCUGUGUUGAGCAAGUAUUUAAGGUGUCAUUAAAUUUUAUUAUAAUUAUUUUCGUUUAUGUACCGAAAGCUUUCACAGUGGUCAAUCAAUGUGGUGGAGGGCUUGCGUAAAAAUAACGUAUCAAAGAAAGUUGUGUUUAGUGUUCUCAAACUUCGCAGUGGGUUAUGACAGACGCCGUAUGUUGGAGGGCGCAGAAUAAAUUCGACCCCAUAGGUUUCUAUUUUUUAUUGUUCAGCGAGAGCGUGAUAAAAAAAGAUACAUUUCACAAUAAACUCAUAUAAAUCCUGUCUUAACCGGUUCGUGUGGUAUAACUUCAGCAAUCGCACCGUCGACGCAGUUACGCGUUUGCGUCUUGUUAAUAAAAUAAAAAAAAUACAGCCGGGGUUAUCAACAUCCUUAGCUUCUUUACUGUUUCUUCAGUAGAGUUAUCGAACGCAUUCGGGCAGUAACUGUCUGGAAGUACAUUUCCGCGAGAAUCGGUCGUAGGCUUUUAUUAGGAUCAGAGCUGGCUCUUUGAACAAGGUGGUUGUGAAAGCAGAACAAAAAGGAGCACUGCGACCAGCGGCGAAGUACGUCUGAACUGAACUUUCGAAAUAAAUCGAGAUAAACGCAUCUUUUAAAGUGGCACCUGUUAAUCUGCGCCUGUGUCGUAACGCAGUGAAGAAUGAUUAUCACUGAAAAGAAAAUGCGGGAGAGAAGCCACUAAAAGCGCGAAUGAGGGAGCGCGCUCCUAUGCGCGAUAAUCGCACGACACUAGUUUAUUAUUAUUGUUAGUAUUAUUCUCAUUUUCAGCCGAGGUGUACGUUUGUCUGAUUUCUAUGUAUAGGCGCUCCCGGGCCAAAGCUAUGGGGCUUCUUAAUUAGACAAUUUCGCAGACCACUGCGCCUGGAGGGACCUGGUUAGAGUAACCUGGUUAGGGUAUCUGUGAAACGUCAAACGCGUCUGCACCGCUACAUUGCUGUUUGAGCAUUGCUUGAGCUUCAUCGUGCUUUGCCCAAGGCCGUUGGAAGUCAUCUGCCGUUAAGAGCCCAAAGAUUUGGGGCGACAAUGCCUCCGGUAAAAUUGCCUUUGCCCUAGGGAGGUAUGGUGCAGUACACCAGAAGCGUGCCUGCUUUUGCCGCCGCGUGGUACAUGACAACAAGCCUUGUGCACUGAGUGGUGUGUCGGUAAUGUACGGGUAAGUCAGCGACGUUCGGGUCAUGGUUUCUAGUCCGCAAUUUGUUCUUUGUUUUAAUAGUUCUUUUUUUGUUAACCGUUCGUCUCCGCCUCUUUCUGCUAGCCGGAAAAUGUGUUGGUCGUCAACUGGGUUGCCGAAACUGUAGUCCGUGUUUGAGUCAGGGCAUUUGUUCCUAGUGUCGUCUUCUCUAAGUCCGUCGUAGUCCGUUGUUGUUAUUUUUUUCGUGUUUUGUUUACAUUUUAUCUUUCCGUUCUUCGCAUAUUUUUGCGGGUCACUUAAGCUAGUCCAUAUUUUUUUAAAAUUUCCAAUGUGGUCUGCAAUAUCGUUACCGAAGUGACGCCAUUUUCAGUUUUAAACCACAUUUUGGUAGAGGCAAACUUUCUGAGCCCGAUGAAAGGUUCUGGAGGUUCACGGUGAUUCGAAAUAUACACACUGAUAGCUAUGGCUAUGCAUUUUUAGUACCACAUUCUUCCUUACCGAAGGAACAUUUCAAGGAGGAUGAACGUCGUUACUGUUUUACGUGUUCUGCAUCUCUACUUCGCAUCUACUUAGCCUUUUGUUCCUACUUCACGAUCGCGUGUUGUGUAUGUCUCGAGUUGUUCAUUGGAUCACUAUUUAUAAAACAUUUUACUUCGCUCACGCUCUUUAAACAUUGUCACCUGCUUUGCGGGAGCGCAGGUCAGACGUGAAGCUCAUUAAAGGGACACUAAAGGCCAACAACUAAGUAAGUUCAAACAUUUAAAUUAUUUCUUGAAAACCAACAUUUUUGUCUCAUGACAAAAAUUGUUGAUUAAGCUGCAGAGGCUUUAUUCAGUUUCGCGCCGUAACUUCAGCGCCGAUGUGUCAACGUGACGUCGGAUUUCAACUAUGUUCGCAAACUACUAGGUUGAAUGCCUGCUUCCUUUAGAAUGCAAUGUAGUCUGCCUUUACUGAUAAUGAGUUGUUCCGAGAAGGCGCUGCCAAAUUCAUGACGUCACAAGGAGCCGGUGCGGGAACUUCAUGGCAGAGUCGCUACUCGUCUUACGUUUUUGCUUUGUUUCCCGCUUAUCCGUAGCGGGCUCUUCAGCAGGCAGUUUUGCUAUCCUGUCGCAGUUAAAAAACUGUUGAAGUCACGCGUCACGGUAAGGGUGAUUUACCUAUACAUUAUAACUUACUUUUACUCAUUAGUGUCCCUAUAAGGAAUCUCACGUGAUAACCUGCGCUCAUAUAUCGUGUGUUCACUUUUGCCAUGACGCGGGCCACAUGCUUGCUCAUUGUUUUGAACCAACUCUUGUAGCUUUUGGUGGUGACAAAAUGAACCCAGAGCGAUUUUAAGUUGAUUGUUGAUUUAAUUGUAUUUCGUCUUUCGAAAAUUGCAACGUACACCUACCAACAUUUUCUGAUGUCAAGCGUGGCCCGGGUACCCCAACUGCCACCCUGAUGCAUCAAAUAUUGCUUAUAUUUGUCAAAUGAUGAAAAAAUUAGCCAGUUAUGAAAUAAAAAAAACGCUGUCGUAAUCGAGCGCGUGCUUAUAACACGAGCUGUUACAGACAAAAGAAGCACGUGGCCUUUCUAAAGGUAUUAGGUGCUCGAAAUGGGGACGCAUGAUGGGCAACAUGCAAUUAUUAAGACGAUGUCGAUUGGCCACAGGUGAGCACCACAACUUGGUUAUUUGACGCAGAAGUUAGUGAAAGGUAUCCGCAUUACACCAGCUGUGUGAGCUGUCGAAGGUUACCAAUAAAUGCAACCCUCGCUUGUGAUUCGUGUAUUAUUAUGAUGGAAGUAGAAACAGCUCUGGGCAGCGAUAUUAGAUAACUCGUCUAGUAUUUACCUGCGAUUUCGAGCGCCGCUGAAGUAUGGCGUCUUUCCGUUUCUCUGCCGGGUCCACUCGGACAGACCCUGUCGUGGGCGCCACCACUCGGCACGACGUGUGGACGCCGAUAACGGUACCCGCUGAUCAAUCGACCACUGGGCCUCUUCGAUUACCCUUCCACGAGAGUCUCGAACUGCACGAGGCGGUGCUUGCAGCCAGUGAGCGUCGCAUACGCACUGCCUCGAGCAGUCCUUGACAGUCUGGCAAGACAGAUCGGAUAGGCCCACUCCCCGUUGCUUUCCACGAGGUGGCCCGAUCUCGGAGACCACGCAAUGCGUGAACUGUCCGCAUAGGCUGCCUCGUGGUGGCGCUCACCACGGGUGUAUUUAGAGGAGUCGCGUCAAACGAACGAAGGGGGUGACGCUUGGUGUAGCAGCAGUUAAACAACUGACGCGCCACAUCAUAAACAAGUAAUCCAAAGGCGUUGGCCCUUUUUGAGUAUUCUGUUCUUGCAGAUGACUUUGCACCAAAAAAAAGAAAAAAAAAACACUGAGGAAUAUGCAGGAAGGGAUGUCAUGGCCUGUCAUUCAUGGUACUGGGAUUGCUAUUCGUAAGGGUUAAUGAUUUCCACCUAGGGUGUAUGUGGUGCCACCUGUCACAAAUCUUUAAUACUCACUUGUCUGGAACCGAACAAGAGGGCCACGGCGUCAUGCAGUGGCCCACAUUCACACACUACCGUACUACGAUUACGGUCACGUUGUUUGUACAUAAGAAACAGGAAUGCGAAGCCGCGUGUGCUAAGCGGCAUUUGUGUAUAGUCGCCGUGCAAGAGAAGAGAA